GACUGUCCGCUGCUGCCAGGGGCGGACAUGUUGGGGUAGCCUGCUAUAGGACAGUACCACAUAUAUUUCUGAUUUUACCGGAUAAAAUAGCCGCGAAGCAGAGACGGGACACCAUGGAUGCCGUCAACGCUUUUAACCAUGAGUUGUUCUCCUUGAUGGACACCAAGCCUCCCAUCUCAAGGGCCAAGAUGGUCAACAUCACCAAAUCUGCCAUAAAAGCCAUUAAAUUAUACAAACAUGUUGUCCAAAUUGUGGAAAAAUUCAUAAAGAAGUGCAAGCCUGAGUACAAAGUCCCGGGUCUUUAUGUAGUGGACUCCAUUGUGAGGCAGUCCCGCCAUCAGUUUGGAGCAGACAAAGAUGUUUUUGGGCCCCGGUUUACCAAAAACUUCACAGGGACAUUUGAGAAUCUGUGCUUGUGUCCCAUAGAGGAUCGGAGUAAGAUAGUGAGAGUUUUGAACCUGUGGCAGAAGAAUGGAGUAUUUAAAAUCGAGGUUAUUCAGCCUCUCUUGGACAUGGCUGCUGCAUCCAGCAGCUCAACGGAGUUGGACAACGGCCCUGAUGGGGCAUCUCCAGUGUCUCCUGUGAGAGAACAGGAGUCUCAUCCAGUUAUGGAGUCAAACUCCAUUGCAGCAGCUGUGCCUCAGCUUCAGAACACGGAUGCCUUUGCAGCUGUUGCUCAGCUAAUUCAGUCCUCUCAAGGACAGCAGCUUCAGCAAAUACUUCAGAACUUUCAGCCUCCGGGGAAACCUCAGUCUCCAGCUGUGGACAACAGUAGGAGUCAACUCCACCUGCAGGCCCAGCCAACGACUGCUGCCUCCACCAUCACACAGCAGCACAUCCAUCACACACCACAACCUGUGGAUAAGAAAGCCACCUUCGAUAAGAAACUUUUGGACCGCUUUGACUAUGAUGACGAGCCAGAAGCCGGAGAGGAAACCAAGAAGGAUGAAACGCCAUCUGUUCAACCUAACAUUGGAUUUCCUGAGCAGAACACUGCAGGCUUUCCUCCUGCCAAUCAGAUGCAGCACUUCCAUCAACAUAUUAUGGGCAUAUCACAACACCAACAGGGUGUUCUUGCUGCAAACGGACAGGUCCAAGGGUUUGGUCCUGUGGCCUCUCAGCCCUUUCCAGGUAUGAUGCCUCAGAUGGGGCAGCAACAUGAGGCUUUCCCUCCCCAGAAUGACACCUUCAAUCAGCUCAUGGCUGGACAUCAACAUCAGGAAAUUUCAAUGAAUUCAGACGCAUCUGCAAGGAAUUGCCCAGAUGGGAAGAGGUCAAGGUCACGCUCUGGGUCAAGAUCUCCAAAAAGGAGACGGUCUCGUUCAAAUUCCCGCAGCAGACGGAUGCGGCACCGGCGAUCUCGCUCACGUUCUCGAGAACGCCGGCGGCAGUCGCCUCGCUCUCGCUCUCAGGAAAGAAGAGAUAGAGAGAGGGAACGAGAGCGAAGACAGAAAGGCCUUCCUCCGGUUAAGAAUAACACACUCAGUGUGUGCAGUACAACUCUAUGGGUGGGUCAGCUGGAUAAGAGGACGCAGCAGCAGGACGUGGCCUGUUUACUAGAGGAGUUUGGACCGAUAGAUUCAAUUAAUAUGAUUCCUCCUCGUGGUUGUGCCUACAUUGUCAUGAUCCAUCGUCAGGAUGCCUAUUGGGCCCUGCAGAAGCUUAGCAGAGGUCCAUACAAAGUCAGCCAGAAAGCCAUUAAGAUUGCCUGGGCUCUAAAUAAGGGCAUUAAGCCCGAGUUUAAGCAGCACUGGGACGUAGAGUUGGGUGUUACCUACAUACCGUGGUCCAACAUCAAGAUGGAGGAUUUGCAUGUGUUCAGAGAAGGAGGGAUGCUGGACCCUGACUCUCUUGCACCAGAGUGGAGAGGCUCUCUGAGUGAGUUGGAGAAGGCUGAAGAGUUGUCUCAGAAUGGCAGGCCUGUGGGAAAGGUGGAGGAGUCUCCAGCUCUAGUACCUAUGCAGCCUCAGGUUCCUCCUGUCCAGCCAAUGGGAGGUGUCGGUGUUCCUCCGCCAGGAUUCCCAGGACCCAUGAAUAUCCCACCCCCCUCAUUCCCACCUGGGGUUCCCCCACCCCCGGGGCCCUUUAUACGGCCUGGCUUUAACCCCAUGCAGAUGCCACCUGGAUUUCUCCCCCCGGGUGCCAUGCCUCAUAUGGGAACUGCUGGGCCUCCCCCACCCACAGCAGGGAUCAACAUGCCACCAGUUGGCAAAUCAGUUGAAGACAUGUCGAGUGAUCCAGCAGGUUUUGGCCCAAGAAUCAACAAUAAUGGAACAGAUGGCUUCAACUCAGGAAACCAGGUGCCUCCUGGAGGUCCACCAGGGAUGGGCAUGCAGUCUCCACCAGGUCUUCUAGGUCCACGGCCAGGAAUGAUGCCUCUACAGCGGCCCCCAGGGAUGCCACCUCCACACAUGCAGCGUUUCCCCAUGCCACUUCCCCGCCCUGGCAUGCCACCUAUGCCUCCACAGAUGAUGCCACCCAGAGGCCCACCUCAGAUGAUGCACCGCAAGCCUCCACCCAGGGCCUGUGGCAUGCCGCCCCCUCCCCACGGCAUGAGGGGACCCUUCCCUCCUCCUGGACCUCCCUUUAUGAGACCCUGCGGUCCAAGACCUGAAGGACCAGAUAAUCACGAGGGAAGACCGUUCAGGGGUGAGCGCCCCGGCUUAGGAAGGGGAAGAGAUCGGGAGCAGGACUGGUUCGGAGGGCGCCAACCUUACAGUGAAGGUCGUGGAGGGGAGAGGUCGGAAGGCCGUGAGCGAUUCGGGGGCUGGCAUGAGGAGCCAGAAAAGCAAGGAGGGUGGGAUAGAGAGAGAGAACGUAGGGACUGGGGUAGGAGUCCGGAAGGAGAGAGGGAUCGAGAAAGAGAGCGAGGAAGGGACGUUGAAGAACGUAGUAGGCGCUCGUUUGGGAGCAAAGACAGAGAGCCAGGGACUCGAGAGAGAAGCACACGCUGGGACAGGGAUGAUAGACUCGAUCGGUUGGGUAAAACCAGCGAAGAGCCCAAUGAGAGACUUCAAGACAGUGCAGCGACUACCAAUGAACCCAAUGCAAACUCAACUAAAGAACUUCCUAAAGCCAAGUCAGAUGUUCCAAACACUUCCACUGAAGCCACAGCAGACUCUGAAUCCUCAGAAUCCUCGGUAGCAGAGAACAAAUCUGCCGAACAAACCCAUAUUGAAGAGUCAUAGAGGGCUCUUUAUACGUUAAGGGAUAGUUGACCCAAAGAAUGAAAAAUUCUGUUGUCAUUUACUCAGCAUCAUGUUCUUCCAGAUCUUGAUGACUCUUUCUUCUGUGGAAUGCAAAAGGCGAUGUUAGGCUGAAUGUUAGGGACUUACUGCCUCAGUCACCAUUGAGGCUAACGUUCUGCCUCAUAUCUCCUUUUCUGGUCCAGUUCGGAACAACAUUAGGGUGAGUAAAUGAUGACAGAAUUUUCAUUUUUUUGGUGAAAUAUCCCUUUAAGUGAAAGAACGUGUGAGCUACUUCAAUGUCCAUAUUAAUAUUGAAUACUUCUGGCUACAAAGAAACAACAGUGUCAGUACACCUGUUCGGGAAUGCUUUAUACAUAUGAUGCUUUGUUUUUUAAGUAAAUUUUACUAAGCGUCUUUGGCAAAUGUGGAGCUUUGCCUUGUGAAUUAUUGUCCCACCUCAAUGAAGCUUGAAUGUUGUAUUAAAACAAAAGAUACGGAAAAGAAGCGAUUCAAGAAAUUCUGCUGUAAAUAUGCUAACAUUACUCGAAUAAUAUUUGUAGAUUUUGAACAGGAAUAGUUUUUUCUUUUCUUUGAGUUUCAAAAAACAUGGACUAAAAUAAGAUAUUAAGACCCCUUUUGCUGUAAAUUUUUUAACAAUGUUUACAACAUACAAAAAACAAGAUGUUUUUAUAAUUACGUUUUUGGAGGUAAGAGCUCCAAAUAUUUCAGCGAUAGGGAUUUGGUUUUAAUAAAGUAUUUUCAUACCAAAUGAA